AUGACGAGACCGAUGGAGGACAGCAGCCAGACUUACGUGGAGAGCAUGCUCGACAUGCGCCGGGACGACCCGGAGACGGUGUCCGAGUCGAGUCCAGCCUCGGAGGAUGGGAGCGAGGUAACGGGCUUCUACGACGGGCUGAACAUCCUCGUGACGGGCGGCUCCGGCUUUCUCGGCAAGCUCCUCGUCGAGAAAUUACUACGUACGUGCCCAAAAAUCGGCAAGCUGUACAUGUUCAUGAGACCGAAAAAGGGCAAAACGUCGGAGGAACGAUUCAAAGAGCACUUCAACGAUGUCCUGUACGACAGACUGAAACGAGAACAGCCGAGGUUCACGGAGCACGUGGUCAUGGUCGAGGGCGACACGAGCCAGGAGGACCUGGGCCUGUCGGAGAAAGACCGGCAGGUGCUGGUCGAAAACACCCACGUGGUCUUCCACGGAGCCGCGACCGUCCGCUUCGACGAGUCCCUCCGCCGGGCCAUCGGCAUCAACGUCCGGGGCACGAAGCUGGUGCUGCUCUUCGCCAAGGAGAUGAGGCGCUUGAAGGCGUUCGUUCACAUAUCGACUGCGUUCUCGCACUGCAUAUUCAAACGGAUAGAGGAGAAGUUUUACGAGCCGCCCAUGGACCCCGACAGAGUCUUGGCGCUCAUCGACAUGCUGGACGACGAGCUCCUCGAGCACAUCACACCCAAGGUGAUCGGCAAGUGGCCCAACACGUACGCCUUUUCCAAGGCCAUAGGCGAGGAGCUGGUGCGCCGGAAGGGCGCGGGCAUGCCCCUGUGCAUAGUCAGGCCGUCCAUAAUGAUAGCCACGUACAGAGAGCCAAUGCCCGGCUGGAUAAACAAUUACUACGGGCCCACGGGUGUCGUCAUGGGCGCGGGUGUGGGUCUGCUGCGCAGCUUGCACUGCGAACGCGACAAAGUCGCCGACAUCAUACCCGCCGACUACGUCAUCAACAACAUCAUCGUCGCUGCGUGGGACACCGCCAACAAGUGGGAGGAGAAGCAAAAGGCAACGGUGAAGGAGGACCCGGAGAAGCCCGAGGACCCGCCGAUAUACAAUUCGGUGUCGUCGUGCCAGAAGCCCAUCAACUGGGGCCGGUUCAUGCACCUGAACGAGGUCCACGGGCGCGAGGUGCCCAGCGACCUCGUCCUCUGGUACUACGCGUUCACGCUCACCAGGAACCUCUGGCUGCACAACAUCUUCUGCUUCCUCUUCCACACCGUGCCCGCCGUCGUCAUCGACCUCCUGGCCGUGCUCUCCGGCCGCGAGCCAAUGCUGCUCAAGGCAUACAGGAAGAUCCACAAGUUCAGCGGCGUCAUAUCUUACUUCUCCACCCAGCAGUGGGAGUUCGGCAACGGCAACGUCCUGGCCCUGUGGCAGCGGACGAGUCCCGUCGAUCGGAAAAAGUUCUACUUCAACCUCGACACCCUCGACUGGGACGACUUCUUCUUCCACCACGUGAGGGGCCUCCGGGUCUACAUAAUGAAGGACCCGCUGAGCAGCGUGCCCCAGGGCCGCAGGAGAUACCGGAGAUUGAGAAUCGCCCACUACUUUGUCGUGACUGGGAUCUGCUUGCUCGUGGCUUGGCUGCUCUUUCAUUUUUGCCGACUGCUCCUGUCCCUCUUUUGAACAAACAGCUUGGUUUAUCCGAUGUGCGCCCGGAAGAGUUUGGCAGUUAAUUUUUUUUAUUAUUUAUUGUUUUAUUUUGCUCGUGGCAGUAGCCCAUCACG